GAAUAGGCAACGGUAUCUCACCUUCUUCGCCUCGCGUUCGAGAUCAUUUAUCAAAGUAAAAUUCUCCGCUUCUGUCUUCUAUUCUUAUCUUUAUCACUUUCCAGCAAUAUGCACGAACUACAGCAGUCACUUGCUUCUAGACCCAGCGUUGGGCAUGGCCAUGCUAAUCCGGCGGACGUUAAAUGGCAGGAGACUGUUGACAAGGCUGCGGCAGGAGUAGUAUCCGCGAAAUUCUGCCAUACCCGUUCCUUUGAUGGCGAGAAAGCAAUAUCUUCUGAAGCCACCGGGUUUGUGGUCGAUGCACAGAGAGGAUACAUCCUCACCAACAGACAUGUAUCCGGCCCAAAUCCUUUUUGGGGCAGAUGCAUAUUCGAAAACCAUGAAGAAGUCGAUGCUCAUGUCAUAUAUUAUGAUCCGAUCCAUGACUUCGGCAUUCUUCGAUUCGAUCCAAAAGCAGUCAAGUACAUGACUUUGAUAGCUAUACCUUUGAGACCCGAUCUUACCAAAGUGGCUGAAGCCGUUCGACUCAUUGGCAACGAUGCUGGAGAGAAGCUUAGUAUCCAGGCAGCUGUUAUCAGUAGACUUGAUCGGAAUGCACCGGAAUAUGAUGGAGAAGGGUAUUGUGAUUUCAAUACCAACUACAUUCAGGCUGCUUCUGGGGCUACUGGAGGUAGCUCUGGUAGCCCUGUCAUUAAUGUUUUCGGACAAGCAGUCGCAAUGCAGGCGGGUGGCAAGGCAAAGACAGCAACAGACUUUUUUCUUCCGCUUGACCGACCGCUUCGCGCGCUCCAAUGUCUUCAAAGAGGAGAACCGAUCACUCGAGGUGAUAUCCAGUGCCAAUGGAAAUUCAAACCUUUCAACGAAUGUCAGGGUCUUGGAUUGACCGCGGAAUGGGAAAGUGCUUUCCGGAAAGCCUUCCCCUCGGAGGUCGGGAUUUUAGUUGCAGAACGUGUGAUUCCACAGGGUCCAUCUGAUUUGAGGAUCAAAGUUGGUGAUAUCCUGAUCAAAGUCAAUGGGGAGCUUCUAGCACAAUUUAAGGAUCUGGAUGCGGUUCUUGACUCAAGCGUAGGCAGUACCGCGAAACUCCUGUUGCAGCGACGUGGGAAAGAUGUGGAAGUAGAGGUUGAAGUACAAGACCUGUAUAAAAUCACCCCAAACCGUCUGGUAACAGUGGCUGGUGGAAGUUUCCAAGAUCUGUCGUACCAAAGGGCCAGAGCUUAUGGAGUAGCUUGCAAGGGGGUAUAUCUUUGUAAUGCAGCAGGAUCGUUCGAUCCAUUGUCCACGGGCUGUACAAUACAAAAGGUGGACAAUAAGGCCACUCCAGACCUGGAUGCAUUUAUCGAAGUCAUGAAAGCGAUUCCAGACCAAAGUCGAGUUGUAGUAACUUACACCAAUCUCUACGACCCCAACACACCGCGGAUUUCAGUUUUACGCAUCGACCGGUACUGGUCAAAGAAGAUAAUUCAGUAUAUCCGCAACGAUGAGAAUGGUCUCUGGGAAUCAACUGAUCUUGCUGAUGUGGUUGCGAGACGACCGCCAAUCCCCAGAGCAGCGAAUUUCGUGCAGCUACGGAGUGUUCCUCCGGCAAUUGCAGGCAUCGUCAAGUCAAUUGUCAAGGUGGAAUGCUAUGUUCCAGAAUACCUCAAUGGUUCUGACUACACUCCUCGACCAAGCGUUGGCAUUGUGAUUGAUGCGGAGAUAGGGGUAGUUUUGGUUUCGAGGGCAACAGUGCCACACGCUCUCUGCGACAUUGCGCUCACAAUCGCAGAUUCAAUCAUUGUCGACGGAGAAGUGCUGUUCUGCCAUCCGCUGCAUAACUAUGCACUUAUCAAGUACGAUCCCAUGCUUGUCAUGGCUCCUCUACAGAGUGUCACAUUGAGUCCAAUAAAUUUGGAACAAGGAAAGUCGCUUCACUUUGUGGGUUUCAAGGAUAAUAAUAUCGGAGGUCCUGUUUGCACUCAGACCACUGUCACCGACGUCUACAAUCUGCAGCUGGCUGGAAACUUAGAUCGACCUAAGCUUAGAGCGAUGAAUAGUGAAGCAGUCAAAGUCAACACAGGAUUGGCAGAUGAAUGUGGAAGCGGACUCAUGAUUGAUGAUGACGGUGUUGUCCAAGCUUUCUGGCUGACCACACUCUAUGUGAACGAUGAUGACGAAGAUAUGUAUCGAUAUUACGGUAUCUCGACUUCCACCAUCCUCCCGGUCAUUUCCAGAAUACGGAAUGGUGAGAUUCCGAAGCUACGAAUCCUCAGUGUUGAAUUCGAGGCGAUUACCAUGAGCCAAGCUAGGGACAUGAAGGUUUCCGAAGAAUGGAUCAGCAAGGUCGAGGUCGCCAACUCGUAUUGCCAUCAACUUUUCAAAGUCAAGAAACGCACCAUUCAAAGCGAUGAUGAUUCCCGCGCGCUUUUGGAAGGAGAUAUCAUUCUGACGCUGAACGACAAUAUCAUCACUCGUCUAUCGGAAACAGAAAUUCAGGAUGAUGCUGAGGUGUUGAAAGCACGAGUGGUAAGAUAUGGCGAGGAAGUUGACUUAGAGCUUGAUACAGUUCUGGCAGACGAUUUCGAGACCAAAAGAGUGGUCUUGUUCUGUGGCGCGACUUUGCAGCCACCCCAUCAUGCUGCCAGGCUUCGGGUGGGAAAGUCACCUAGCGAAGUAUUUGUAUCGAGUGUGAUACGAGGGUCGCCUUCAAGUCAUUACGGACUCAUUCCUGCAACCUUCAUCACCCAUGUCAACGACACCGAGGCAGGGAACUUGGACUCGUUCCUCGAUGCCGCUAUGGCUAUUCCAGAUAACUCCAACUUCACUUUGACGACCAUGACAUUGGGAGGAAUUGAGCAAGUGAUGAAAAUGAAACGAAACGAUCAUUACUUCCCAACUAAAGAAUGGACCAGAGCAUCUCCGAAGUGGACUUGUCGCUUGAUUCAGGGGUAGAACCAAGACCCGGAUGCGUCAGUAAUCAGGAGAGGUAUUGGCGGCAAUUAUACAUGGAUAAACUUCCACUCUUGGAAAGCUCUCUACCACUUAAUACUACUUGUCCUUGGUGAAUUGCCCUGCUUCAAUUGCCCUGCUUCCAUUGCCUUGCAGUCAUUUGUUUUGUAUUGAGUCAUGUUCCAUUCUGCCCUGUAGCAAAGAUUGCAUUCAAUCUAGGUACCGUGUAUCAUUUCAAGUGGCCCCGUGUCUUCCUGUCAGGAAAAAAAAG